CGGCGCAUGCCGGGUACGUGCGUGACUGAGGCCGUAGCGGCAGUCAUGGCGGCUCGGUGUGUGAGGCUGGCGCGGCGCAGUCUCCCGGCUUUGGCGUUAUCUCUCAGGCCCUCUCCUCGGUUGUUGUGCACCGCUACAAAACAAAAGAACAAUGGCCAAAGCCUGGAAGAGGACAUGGGUCACAAUGAGCAGAAGACAGAGCCUCCCUCUACAGACAAGAUCCUCUUGGAAGAGAAGGUCAAGUUAGAAGAGCAGCUGAGAGACACUACGGAAAAAUACAAACGAGCUUUGGCAGAUACUGAGAACUUGAGACUGAGGAGCCAAAAACUGGUGGAAGAGGCAAAAUUAUAUGGCAUCCAGGGCUUCUGCAAAGACUUGCUGGAGGUUGCAGACAUUCUGGAGAAGGCAACGCAGAGUGUYCCAAAGGAAGAAAUUAAAGAUGAAAACCCUCACCUGAAAAGCCUGUACGAGGGGCUGGUGCUGACCGAGGUGCAGAUCCAGAAGGUAUUCACAAAGCACGGCUUGCUCAAGCUGGACCCCCUUGGAGCCAAGUUCGACCCUUAUGAACAUGAGGCGCUGUUCCACACACCAGUAGAGGGCAAGGAGCCGGGCACGGUUGCACUGGUUAGCAAGGUGGGGUACAAGCUGCACGGGCGCACCCUCAGGCCCGCCCUGGUGGGGGUGGUGAAGGAAGCAUAACUGCCUCCCGCAGGGCCUUUGGCUUUUAAGUCACUUGCUGUAACUCUUGAAAGGCGGGUCUAUCUUUUCUCCUCUGGGAGUCCAGCCUUGAUGGAAAGGUCAAGUGGCUGCAAAGAAUCAAGCUGGGUACACAGUUGCGUCCAGGAGCUCUGGUCCAGGAGUCUGAUUUCUUAGUACCACAUGUUUAGUAGCUCCAUAUUCUUCCAGAAGAGGGCGGACGGGACCUCUAGAGUAUCCUGAAUAACCUGUAUCUGCUCAAACUCGUGAUUGCAAAGUACUUUAAACAAAUAAAAGGUCUUCAGGAACUGUCUGGCUGCCUGGCCGCCCAUCUGUGCCGUCGUGUGCAGCUCACUGCAGCACUGAGUGCUGGCACCUUUGGCCACUGCUGGGUUCACUCUGCGAAGAAAAGGCCGGAGGGGAAACAUGUUUCUUGAUUAAAACAACAAAAAAAAUUGAUGCCUACCUUUGAGAACAUACAAGUUCAUUUAUAACUAGCAUCUAGAUGCCAGGAAUGGUCAACCUUGGCUUUUCUGUGGAGAUGGGAAGGGAGCAUGUGAACUUGAACAUUCUUACCACCUUAUUUUGCCAAGUGAAUUUGACAAAGUAAAUCCUUUUUUUCCUGUUUU